AUAAUCAACUAAUCAAGCUGAAAACUAGUACUUUGGACUUCUGUCAAAAAAGUUGAAAUUCUUUUCUUACUCCAAUUUGUUUUAUUGUAAAAAUAUUUAAAAUUAGCAAAAAUGAGCAGUUGAAUUAAGUGUUAGGGUAUCUCAUAAUCUAAGUGACGCAUAACAUCAUAAAACUUCAAGAACUUACUUUCUUUAACAAUAUGGCAAUUUCAUUAAAAGGGGUUAGUUUAAUUUCUCAACGAUCAGUUCAGCUGUCUCCCUUCAGACAUUUGGUCACGAGCUCAGCCCUAGGAGAUGUCAGCGAAGGAUGGCUCAGUAAGCUGCUGGUUCGUAAGAUCGAACCCACCAAAGAACCUCACUCUCGUAUGCUGUCCGAUAAAGAGGUCAUUUAUGAACUACAGACUCACAACGUUCGACCAGACUCCACUUCCAAAUACCUCGAUAAUUAUGAGAAAAGCGUAAAGAUGAUUCUGUCACGGAAGGAUGAGUUCAAAUGUGACUUGGUGGCCUCGUGGACAGUGCAGGUGGGUGAUCUGGACCAGGCGUUGCAUCUGUGGAGGUAUACCGGGGGCUUCUCUAGCAUCGACAAGUGUAACAAUCUUCUGGCAGUGGAUAAGACUUAUCAGCAACUGUUGACUGAGAGGGGCAACUACCUCAGGUCUCGUCAUCUACAGUACCUGCUGGCAUUCAGUUACUGGCCACCAAUCUCGCCUCGCAAGGGCAACAACUUGUACGAGAUCCGCAGCUACAGCCUCAAGCCGGGCACUAUGAUAGAGUGGGGAAACAACUGGGCAAGAGCCAUCAACUAUCGCCGCAACAACGAUGAACCCUUUGCAGCCUUCUUUUCCCAAAUUGGAAGGCUUUACAAUGUUCAUCAUAUUUGGUGUUAUGAGAACCUGCAGGCUCGUAAGGACACUAGGGAAGCAGCCUGGAGGUCCCCAGGCUGGGACGAGUGUGUCGCCUACACAGUUCCUCUCAUACGAGAGAUGCACUCACGCAUCAUUGUGCCCACCUCCUUCUCUCCCACCCAAUAAGUCUGUAUUUUUAUAUUGGCUCGUUAUUCCAAAAAUAUUCAUUUUAUUUCUUUAUAUAUCUUCCAACUAUUCAAUUAUAUCAUAUGUUUAAAGUCAUUGAAAGAAGUUGUGAUCAAAGCAACGUUACAUUUUCUUUAGAUGUAAUUUUUAUCUGAAACAAAUAUUGUCAGUCAGUACAGUUGCACAAACCAGUUAUCUUUAGUAUUGUUGUGGUUCUAUUGUUUAUGGUUCUUACUUUGUUGUUAUGUACAAUAAUUUUGUUAUGCUGUAUAAUAAAUACAUAUUUUCUAGGAUAAACUAUCUUAUGCAUUUUUAAUUAGUGCUCAUGCUGAACUUAGUUACUUUAACAUACUCGUAUGCGUUUGUAUGUAACUAUGUAUAGUUAUCAUGACAUCAAAUUUGUAUAUUCAAUAAAAGUUUUAUUUUCUCAUAA